GUGUGUGUGUGUGUGUGUGUGUGUGUGUGUGUGUGUGUGUGUGUGAAGACACACUGCAGAAUCUACACUUCAGUCCGGAAGUAUGGAUCUGUAUGAGAUGAGGGGUCGACUGCAGGUCAUCGCCGAGGAAACCACAGCGAGUGAGGAAGAGGAGGAGAAUGAAGAGGAAGAUGAAGAUGAGUUUGUGAUGGUGAGAAACAGGAAGUUGAUCUCUGACCCCACUGGCCCCCCUGAUGCCUGGUGUAGAGACUGCAGCGUCCCGACACACUCGAACCCGAGAGAACACACACACACACAGCACGGAGUCGUCACUCUCAGCACCGCCGCUCAGGAGAUCAAGAGUGAGCUUGGUAAGCGCAGCAGCAGUUUAGCAGGGAAGAUCACAGAGAUGGACAGCUUCAUCGGCAACCUGGAGGAGAUCUUCAUCACUGUGGAGGAGAAUUUCGGGCGUCAGGAGCAGAAUCUGGAGCAGCACUAUAACGACGUGCUGCAGUCUCUGUCUCAGCGUUUCAGAGAGAACAGCGCCGCCCUGCAGGACGAGAAGAAACUGAAACUGGAGGCUCUUUACGGGCAGCUGCUGAGCUGCGGAGACGCGCUGACGGCGAGUAAAGAGCUGAUCGAACAUGCGCAAGAACUGCACCGCUGCGAUGACAAAUACACCUUCCUACAGACCGUAAUGCCCAUCAUUAAGAGGAUGGAGGACUUUUCAAAGGAGGAGGUGGAGCUUAAGGUGGGCGUGUCUAAGGACUUUGCUCCACCCCCUUCAGACCUGACUGAGGUGAAACACAUGAUGGACUCCAUUAAUGUUGUACCAGCUCCCUCGGCCCCGGUUAUGAACCCUCAGUUGGUGAACUCCGCCAUGCCCUCUUCUCUGCGCGUGUGUUGGAGUCUGUUCUCCGACGAUACGGUGGAUUUCUACGAACUUUACUCCCGCCAGAUCUCUGAGGACAUCGCCACGGAAACCAUGCAGGAUGCAUCUGUGUUGAGAGUAAAGGAGACUCACUGUGUGGUAAAGGACCUUCGUCCUAAUUCUCAGUAUGAAUUUUGGGUCACAGCGACAAACACAACAGGAAUCAGUCCAGCCAGUGAGAAGGCCGUGUACAUGACCGUCCCCUCUCCUCCUGUGAUUAGAGAGCGCGAGUGUGUGAGCUGUCUGGAGGCGGCGCUGAUCCGCUGGGACUCUGGAAACACAAACCCAGUGGAGUCGUACACACUCGAGUUGUGUGAGGAUGGAGAGACGGACAACGCAGUGACGGAGUCGAUCGUGGCGAUCCCCACCUGUGAGUGUGUGGUGCAGCUGAAGCCGUGGAAACGUUACAUCAUUACUGUCCGAGCUGUGAACAUCGGCGGUGCCAGUGAAAAGAGUCGACCAAUCGGGAUCUCCACUACAGGGACUUUUUUUCACCUGCUGAAGGAGACGGCUCACCCGAGUCUGUGCGUGUUGGAUGACGGUUUCACCAUCGUUUACCCGGACGAGGAUCUUCCUCUGAGUGACAUGGUGUUCAGCGACACCACCUUCAACAGUUGUGUAGCUGUGCUCGGUGACCUCAUUCCUGUACGGGGGCGUCACUAUUGGGAGAUAGAAGUCGAUGACUGGACAGAGUAUAGAGUGGGCGUGGCCUACGAGGACACACAACGCAGCUCUUAUCUUGGUGCUAAUGCUACAUCCUGGUGCAUGAGACACAUUCGCACACCUUCCAGACACAAGUACGAGUUCCUGCAUAACGGCUGGAGUGCGGACGUGCGCAUCACGGUGCAGCCGCUGCGUGUCGGCGUGUUUCUGGAUUACGACAGCGGCACACUCUCCUUCUACAACACACACCUGCAGCAGCACUUACACACCUUCAGGUGCUGCUUCACACACAACGUCAUGCCCUGCUUCGCCCUGGAUAAACCCGGAACACUGAGGAUACACACCGGGGUUCAUACACCAUCAUACAUCACACACACGCACACAUAAAACACACACACGCGCAAGAGGAUGUAUCGCGUAAUGUGACUUAGCAUCUCACACACACACACACACACACACACAUUUUGCUCUAACACGGUCUCUUAUCCCAGAUGUGUAUUUAAUUUAUUUUGAAGAUUGUGUGUAUAUGUGUGUGUGUGUGUGUGUGCGUGUGUGUAUUUGUGUGUGUGUGUGUGUGUGUGUGUGUGCUUAUUUGACUGUAAUGGAAAUAGAGCUGCAGGUUGUGAUUCCUGAAUGAAUCAAUAUUGAUAUUUAAUAUAUAUAUAUAUAAUAUGUAAGUCCUCUGUUAGAUGAGUGGAAUUAAGCUCUAUUUGGGGCUUUGUUUACGCUGUGUGUUUCUGCGACUCUAAAACUAAAUAAAAUGUCUGAUUAAUGUCUGA